GGGGGGUGCAAUAGCACUUGUUCUCAAUAAAUAAAUAUUUGGUUGCAAAGUUCUAAACAUAGGUACUAAGUUCACACAGAUCGAACACAAAUAUCCAACGAGGACUUUUACAAAGCAAACGCGUUAUAAGCCGGCGUGAGUUCUCAUGCAAUUGCAGCCGUGCCGUAUGUAAACACGUAGAAAACCUAAUCCGUGGCUUUACCAAAUACCACGACCAAUCCUAUUCCUUUCCUUUCUCAAAUUCAAUUCUCCACCGCAAUCUUAAUUCUCUCUAUAUAUAUCACACGCAUUGUACCCUUACCUUCAAUAUCUCUAUUCUUCUUCUAACUCUUCCAUCAUCUUCUAUAUCAAAUACUAGCUAAACCCUAGUUUUCUCUUACUUUCUUGCUCUUAUUUUUGUUCUCAACCAUGGCAGAGAAACAAAACCAACCCUUGAAUGGUGCCUACUAUGGCCCCUCAGUCCCGCCGCCACGCCAAGCCUACCACCGCCCCGGCCGUGGCAGAGGCUGCCGCUGCUGUGCCUGCCUUUUGAAAUUCAUAGUCUCGUUGGUUGUCAUCGUUGGCCUUGCUGUUCUCAUCUUUUGGCUUAUCUUCCGCCCCACCAACUUGAAAUUCUACGCCACGGAAGCCUCGCUUUCCCAAUUCAAUUUCACGUCCAACAACACUCUCCAAUACAACCUUGCCGUCACCAUCACUGCCAGAAACCCCAACAAGAAGAUCGGUGUCUACUACGAUUCUAUAGAGGUUAGGGCUUACUAUGAUGACCAGAGGUUUGGUACCAAGAGUUUGACACCGUUUUAUCAAGGGCAUAAGAGUACGGAAGUUUUGAACACUGAGUUUUCAGGGCAGCAAUUGGUGGUGCUUGCGGCUGAGGAGCUUUCUGAGUUUAAUUCCGAGAAGACUGCUGGGGUUUAUAACAUUGAUGUGAAGCUUUAUCUUCAGCUUAGGUUUAAGGUAGGGAAGUUGAAGACAUGGAAGAUGAAGCCCAAGGUUGACUGCGAGUUGAAAGUUCCAUUGAGCUCUAAUGGAAAUUCAGCCACUGGUUUUGAGAUUACCAAGUGCGACAUUGAUUUUUGAUUGGCACACCUUCGUCAUGUUUGAUUUUAUAUAUUAUUUUUUUUAGUUCUUUUUUUAUUGGGAUUUCUUCAUUCUUUUGUUUUCUCUAUACAUUAUAGUAUUAGGUUUGCGAGAUAUGGACUUGGUUAUUAUCUUUUUAUUUAUUUAUUUAGAUGAUUGGAUUUUAUUAUGAUAUCUUCUUUGUUACUUUCGUUGUGUUUAUAAAUAAAUAAAGCCACGACUAUAUAUAUAGCCGCUAUUCUUGA